GACGCCCCCGCCUUGUGCUGAGCGCUCCGGGCCCAGGUAGCGGGAACGGGAUUUGACGAGAACAAAUUGAAGAUGCCCGAAAAUCCUGCCGCAGAUAAGAUGCAAAUUCUACAGGUCCUUGAUCGUCUGCAGGUGAAACUACAAGAACAGGGGGACGUUUCCCAGGAGGAGAAACUGAGUCUUUUCAGCGACACGCUGCGGAGUCCGCUCUUCAACCAGAUCCUCACGCUUCAGCAGUCCAUCCGGCAGCUGAAGGAGCAGCUUGGGUAUCGACCGUCUGAUGGCUUGGCGGACUUCGAUUUCUCCCGGAAAGGUUUGUUGGUGUUUACCGACCGGUCCGUUGCUAACGGGAAUGCCUCCCUGCCCCGUGGCAACCACCUUGGAUCAGGGUCAUCACCUCGGACCCCCGAGACGGGAAAUGAGGAAUUCCAUGCCGUUAUCCAACGGAUGGCACAGGGAAGGCGAGUUGAGUACAUAGAGAUCGAAAAACCCCCCUCCGGGGGCCUCGGCUUCAGCGUGGUUGCCUUCGGGGGUCAAAACGGGGGAGACGUCGACAUCUUCGUGAAGGAAAUCCAGCCGGGGAGCGUGGCGGACAGGGAUCAAAGGUUAAGGGAAAACGAUCACCUCUUGGCCAUCAAUUACACCCCUUUGGAUCGGACGGUUUCGCAUCAGCAGGCCAUCGCCUUGUUGCAACAGUGCACGGGAUCGUUACACCUGGUCGUGGCCCGGGAACCGCCCCGGAACAAAAACGCGGCUCCCGCGAGCCUCGGGGAAUCCGGGACUCCGGAGAAGAUCUGCUGGGGCCACGUCGAAGACGUUGAGCUCGUUAACGAUGGGUCGGGCCUGGGUUUCGGAAUCGUCGGAGGAAAAUCCAGCGGUGUCGUCGUCCGGACUAUCGUUCCCGGGGGAUUGGCGGACAGGGAUGGAAAACUCCGGACGGGGGACCAUAUCCUAAAAAUCGGAGACACGAACGUGCAAGGGAUGACGAGUGAGCAAGUGGCCCAGGUGCUAAGGAACUGCGGGAACUCGGUUAAGAUGGUGGUGGCCCGCGACCCGCUCGGCGAGAUUUCAGUGACUCCCCCCACCCCCGUCUCUGGGCCCGUGGCCGCCUUGCCUGCCGCUCAGACCAGGCCUCUUAGCUCCGGCAGUUCUCCCUUUGAUAUUUAUGACGUUGAACUUAUCAAAAAAGAUGGCCAGAGUCUGGGCAUUACAAUCGUUGGGUACGUUGGAGGAGCUAAUACGGUGGAUUCCUCGGGGAUCUUUGUGAAGAACAUCAUCCCGGGCAGCGCCGCCGACCAGAGCGGCCGGAUUCAAAUUCACGACAGAAUCGUCGCUGUGGACGGGCUGGACAUCCAGGGCUACACCAACCAGGACGUGGUGGACGUCCUGCGCCGUACGGGCCGGGUGGUGAACCUCACUCUCGUCCGCCGGAAGACACCGCCGCCGCCGCCGCCGCUCUUCGAAUUCCCUCCCGAAGAAGCUCCGGACGGAGGUAACUCUCCCCGCCCCCCUGCUCUGUUUCUAACCGGAGUCAUGGAGACGGAAACCAACUUGGACGGUGACGAUGCGGAAAGCGACGAGCCAGCCCGUGGUUUGGAAAAUGAAAACGAGCAACCUCUUCAGAAAAGCGAAAGGAGCUCGGACUCUGCAGAAAACCAGUUGAAAUCCAAGUGGGAAAACCUGCUGGGACCCGAUUAUGAAGUAAUGGUUGCCACUUUGGAGGCCCAGAUAGCCGACGAUGCUGAAUCAGAAGUAUUCAAAGCUCCUGCCUAUCCACACGCUGAGGCUGGGAGUGGAGCUGGAUUCCUUCGACGGGCAUCAUUACAUCUCUUCCCUCGCCUCCGACGGGCCGGGGCCUCCCUCAACCUCCUCCGCCCGGAAGACGAGCUCCUGGAGGUAAAUGGAGUGCAGCUCUAUGGAAAAUCGCGGCGAGAAGCGGUUUCCUUCCUCAAAGAAGUGCCCCCACCCUUCACUUUGGUCUGCUGCCGGCGCCUUUUUGACGACGAAGUCUUUGCGGACGAGCCGAGUACCAGCGAGGUUUCGGUCCCGGAGCCAAAGCUGGGCCCCAAGGUGGAGGAUCCCGGUGAAGAGGAUGAAGACGGAGAACUGGCCCUCUGGUCUCCUGAAGUGAAGGUCGUCGAGCUCGUCAAAGACCACAAAGGCUUAGGAUUCAGCAUUUUGGACUAUCAGGACCCCUUAGAUCCGACCCGGACGGUCAUCGUGAUCCGCUCCUUGGUGGCCAACGGGGUAGCGGAGCGCGGCGGGCAGCUGCUGCCGGGAGACCGCCUGGUCUUCGUCAACGACGAGAGCCUGGACGGGGCCACUCUGGCCCGAGCCGUGGACGUGUUGAAAACCGUGGCCCCGGGCACCGUUCGCCUUGGCAUCUGCAAGCCUCUGGUGGGAGAAGAUCAAGAGGAAGGUAAUUCCUCCGGGACUCCCUCCCACAGCAUCGAAGAAAAGUCCCGAUUCUCCGGACCCGUCAACAACAUCAAUUCGUCUGUGAUCCUUGAGGCCCCGAAGGGGUUUCGGGACGGUCCGUUCCUUGCGGAGGAACUGCCGGACGAGCCAUUCCUGACUUUGGGGAGCUCAUUCCAGAUGCCGGAGACUGGGAGAGAUUCCCCUACGGAGGCUUGGGAGAUGCGCGAGUUUCUCCAGCCCUCGUUUGAGGAAGUCGGCGGGGAGAGGGAGAUGCUUGUGGAUGAGGAAUAUGACGUCUCCCAGCACUUCUUCCCAGAUGUCGAUCCCUACGCCUCUUCCCGGCCCACGGAGACCUCUUCCCACCCACGGGGAGGGGAAUUCCGCUACGCCUCGCCGUGGUCGGCCCGCCCCGGCUCGGCCGAAAUGGAAGAGACCGGAUCCGCGCUGGGCGUGCACACAGACGGUGAAGACGGCAGCCCACUUCGACCCACUUCAGCCCAGGGCAGCAGGCCGCGGAGCCAUUUGGAUGAUUUGGAGACGCCCAGCUCAGUCCCAGAAGUCCACCUGGAUUUAGGGUCAAGGGUUCAGAGCGAUGCAGAGGAAACUGGACAGUUUAUGGAUCCCGACGAAGUGGGCGAGAGGAGGCAGGAGGAGUCGGCGGCCUUUCUACCCUCCAGGAACCGAGGGGGGAUGAGAUGGACGGCUUCGGGCCAGGCUGGAAUAGGGUGCUCAAGUGACUUGCCCGAGAGAGAAGAAGGAGAAGGAGAAGAGACACCAAACUUCAGUCAUUGGGGUCCACCGCGAAUCGUGGAGAUCCCGAGAGAAGCAAACGUGUCUCUGGGCAUAAGCAUCGUUGGCGGGCAGACCGUGAUCAAACGGCUGAAAAACGGAGAAGAACUGAAGGGGAUUUUCAUCAAACAGGUCCUCGAGGAGAGUCCAGCGGGAAAAACCAAAGCCCUUAAAACCGGGGAUAAAAUACUUGAGGUAUCCGGGGUGGAUCUGCAGAACGCAACGCACAAAGAAGCGGUGGAAGCCAUCCAGAACGCUGGGAACCCCGUGGUCUUUGUCGUCCAGAGCUUAUCCUCCACGCCAAGGGUGGUGGCGGGAGUACAUUCCAAGACCGGAAGGCCCACUAAAAUCACGGAUGCGGGAAUGGAAGCAGGCCCAAAGGAACAGCAGAGAAAAGGUGGGGCUCCACCUCCUAUGAGACUGCCGCCUCCCUAUAAAGCUCCUGCCGGGCCGGAAAGCGAGGAAGACGACGAGGAGGAGGAGGAGGAUUCCGACUUUACCGAAAAGAAAAUCAGGCAGAGAUAUGCCGAUCUGCCGGGGGAGCUGCGCGUCAUCGAGCUGGAGAAGGACAAGAACGGGCUCGGCCUCAGCCUGGCCGGCAACAAGGACCGGUCCCUCAUGAGCAUCUUUGUGGUGGCCAUCAACCCCGACGGCCCCGCCGCCAGAGACGGGAGGAUACUCGUUGGAGACCAACUCCUGGAGAUAAAUAACCAGAUAUUAUACGGUCGCAGCCACCAAAAUGCAUCUGCCAUAAUUAAGACCGCCCCUUCCAAAGUCAAGCUGGUCUUCGUUCGACACGAAGGGGCAGUCAACCAGAUGGCGGUGACUCCUUUCCCGCUGCCUUCCAGUUCCCAGUCUUCCAUAGAGGAUCAGAGUGGCCCCGAUCCACUGAGCAGCAGCGGCGAAGAUGAUCCCAGCCCCGACUUUCCCGUUCAACCCUUCUCCGAAAGCGAACGGCCCGAUCCUGUCAUCGGCCAGCUGAAGCAGGCGAAAUAUUCCUCCCAAAUAGUGGCCGGCUCCCAAGAGAUCUCUCUGGCACCAUCUCCUUCGUACCGUUCUGCAGAGGCAGAGUUCAGCUACGCUGCGCCUUUAUCAGUGGAUCCCGCGACGUGUCCCAUCGUGCCCGGCCAGGAGAUGAUCAUCGAGAUCUCCAAGGGGCGAUCCGGCCUCGGGCUCAGCAUCGUAGGAGGGAAAGACACUCCCCUGGAUGCCAUCGUCAUUCACGAAGUCUACGAAGAAGGAGCGGCGGCUAGAGAUGGAAGACUUUGGGCCGGGGACCAGAUUCUUGAGGUUAACGGUAUCGAUCUGAGGAAUGCCAGCCACGAAGACGCCAUCACGGCGCUGAGGCAGACCCCCCAGAAAGUGCGACUGGUGGUCUACAGAGACGAAGCCCAUUACAAAGAUGAAGAGAAUUUGGACAUUUUCCCCGUGGACCUCCAGAAGAAAGCGGGCCGAGGACUGGGUCUCAGCAUCGUUGGAAAGCGGAACGGCAAUGGAGUGUUCAUCUCGGACAUUGUCAAAGGAGGGGCCGCGGACCUCGACGGAAGAUUAAUUCAAGGCGACCAGAUCUUGUCGGUGAACGGAGAGGACGUGAGAGGGGCCUCGCAGGAAAUGGUAGCCACCGUCCUCAAGUGUGCUCAGGGCCUGGUCCAGUUGGAAAUCGGGAGGCUCAGGGCCGGCUCGUGGCUGGCUACCGGGAAGACGUCUCAGGGCAGCCAGACGAGUCAGCACAGCGCCCAUGGGAACUUCCAUCCUUCCCUCACACCGGUCAUCACCAGCCUGCAAAAUCUCGUCGGUACCAAGAGGUCCUCGGGAGAUUCCUCUCAGAGGAAUUCAGGCGCCGAUACGGGCCCGAGGACCGUGGAGAUAACGAGGGGCCCCAGUGACGCUCUGGGCAUCAGCAUCGCCGGGGGGAAGGGGAGCCCUCUAGGAGACAUCCCCAUCUUUAUCGCUAUGAUCCAGGUCAGCGGAGUGGCCGCCCGCACGCACAAACUCAAAGUCGGAGAUCGGAUCGUCAGCAUCAACGGGCAACUUGUGGACGGGCUGUCUCACGCCGAUGUGGUUCACCUCCUAAAGAACGCCUACGGAAGCAUCGUCCUGCAGGUCGUGGCAGAUACCAACAUCAGCGCCAUAGCCACCCAGUUGGAGAGCAUGUCUGGGGGCUGCCACCUAACUCCCCCCGUCACCGAACGGCGCCCGGAAGAGCCCGGAACCCCUCAACCUAAGAUUAUUGCUAUGGAGAAAGGCUCUGAUGGACUGGGUUUUAGUAUUGUAGGGGGAUACGGAAGUCCCCACGGAGACCUGCCCAUAUAUGUCAAGACUAUAUUUGCAAAGGGAGCGGCAGCAGACGGCGGGAGACUGAAGCGGGGAGACCAGAUCCUCGCCGUCAACGGGGAAGCUCUGGAGGGGGUCACCCACGAGCAGGCGGUGGCCAUCCUGAAGCGCCAGAGAGGAACCGUGACGUUAACCGUGUUGUCCUGAGACCCCCCAACCCCCGGCUCGCGGGCCCCGGAGAGCCACGGCCAGCCUUGAGUGCGACGCAGGCUGGGCUGGACCGCUCUCCUCCCCUUUGCGAGGUGAAGCGAUCUGGGAUUUCGCCUCCCGAUAGGAACGGAUUUCCAGAAUCCGAUUCCCUCUCUCGGGCCUGAAUUUCAAAUCCCUCUUCAUUUCACCUUUUAGCCUCGGGAUUCGCCGACCGCCCCCCACCCCGCCUUCUCGCCGCAAAUGGGGGGUCCUUCGGAGCUGCCGGUCCCGAAACGGACACCCCCCUCCCUUUCCCAGCGCGCCGAAAAUUAACAGCGGCAGAGCUCAUCUGAUGAGCAGAAACAAAUGUCAUCUCGCUCAUGAUUUACUUAUGCUAAUUGUCCUUUCAAGUAGGCCAGAAAACAUUCAAUUACCAGUGUUCCAAGUGAUGAAAUAGCCAAUUCUCCCGGGGGAAAUCAUCCGUGCUCUACCCAGCCUUCGAGUCAAAUCCUAACUUCUCCGAUUUAUCUCUCUGGAUAGGUCCUUGCGAGGUAGUCGCCGACAAUGAGGAAUCAACUUGACGACUUUUAAGACGAAAAGGGGCCCUUUCCCAGCAGCUUAGAAGUCUUCCCAACCCCACUGCUCUGUGAGGAAAGGAUGAGUCCGAUAAUAAUAAUAAUGAUGGUAUUUGUUAAGCGCUUACUAUAUGCCAAGCACUGUUCUAAGCGCUG